AUGUUUAGAAUAGCUAAGAACCUCGUACGGACUUUUGAGCAGAGCGUCCAAGAUACCCUGGCACUCUCACAGGAUUCGGGCAGUCUGGACGCUUUCUUUCAGUCUAUACCACCAAAUUUGUUGUCUGCUCAGCUGGAAUCACCCGUAGAUGCCGUGUCUGAAGGCGUUAAGCACACCAACGUCAAUGAGACCCUUUCCGGUCUUCGCAUUGUUUGGGUGGACGAGAUGCAGUUCCAGCUGCAGUCCUUCUUCGACUAUAUAGUAGGCUUCAAUGAUGAUCCGGUACCCGUGGUCAAUAAUCAGCACGGGUUUUCGUAUCCAGAUUACCGCCGCAUUACAUCCAUCUUCAACGAGCACUGUGGCCGGACUUUGAAGGUGAAUAUAUGGUCAGCCAAAGGUGGCACGUUCAGAGACGAGUAUGUCAAUGUGAUAUCGAAGGAUAGCAACGAUUUGGACGAUGUUUCUCUGAAUCACGACGAAAGGAGGCCAUCCAGUGGAGAAGCACACCAAUUCCAAGCGCUCGGGUUUAAAGUUCAAUGGACCCCUUUGAUAGCUUCCACUUUCACCUACCAUAUUUUGAACGUAAACAUCCCAGACGGACCCGCUCAAUUGGCUGGGCUCAUCCCAGAUGAAGACUAUAUCAUCGGCUGUCAAGAUGGUCUGUUGGCCACGGGAGGAGAGACGCUUUUGCAAGAUAUUGUUAGAUCAAGAGCAAAUUACGAUCUGGUCCUUUAUGUCUACAACAAAGUAUCCGACUGCGUGAGGCCUAUCACGGUGCACAUAGGCCCCGACGGUAGGCUGGGUUGCAAUGUUGGCUACGGAUUCCUUCACAGAAUUCCUACGGUGAAACAGCGGUCACAACAAGGACAGCAGCAACAGCAAGAAGAUGACUCAGUUCCCUUUUCAGCAGAAUCUGAGACAGCCUUUGUCCCAUCAGCAUUUACGGCUCCACCGGUGCCAACGAAGAAGAAAUCCAAAAAUAAAAAGGGUAGUCAGCCAUUGGCAAUGGAUGACUAUUUUAAUGAAGGCAGAGACAAGUCGUCCGCUGCUGCAAAAUUAGCAGAAUCGGAUGUCACCGCUCCACCGCCACAAAAACAGCCAUCAUCUAAUUAA